AUGUUGUCAGACCCGGGCAUCAUCACGGCCCCGGGCGCUUACGAUUGCCUGACCGCCGCCAUCAUCGAAAAAACCGGGUUCCCCGCUGUUUAUAUGACGGGGGCGGGCACUUCGGUGGCGCGCAUCGGAUACCCCGAUCUGGCGUUGGCCACAGCCACGGAAAUGAUGUCCAACGCAGCCGCGAUUGCUGCCACCGUGGGCGUGCCGGUGAUCGCCGACGCUGACACCGGUUACGGCGGCACGAUGAACGUUCGGCGGACUAUCAGGGAAUACGAACGCACCGGCGUGGCAGCGGUUCAUAUUGAAGACCAGCAGUUUCCCAAGCGGUGUGGCCAUCUUGAUGAUAAACGGGUUGUGCCAAUCGAUGAAAUGGUGCAGAAAAUUCGCGCUGCCGCAGACGCCAGAACCGACGAUGACUUCACCCUCAUUGUGCGUACGGAUGCUCUGGCGGUAACGGGUUGGGAUGACACCAUGCGGCGUUGCGACGCCUUUACGGAGGCCGGCGCCGACGCGCUGUUCGUAGAGGCGAUUCGUUCGCCGGAAGAAGCAGCCGAUGUGGUCGCCCGGACCAGUGUCCCGUUGCUGUACAACUUCGUGGAAUCCGGAAAGUCUCCGCUACUCAACGUAUCAGAGUUGGAAUCGCUCGGGUUUAAAAUCGUGAUCUUCCCGGGAAGCGCCUUCAUGGCCGUCGCGCACACCGUGGCCAGAGUUAUGGCCGACCUGAAAACCUUUGGAACCACGGAACACCUGAUUGGUGAGAUGAGCUCGCUAACCGAUGCCUUUGAACUCAUGGGCUUGUCGGAAAUGCUGGAGCGAGACGCUGGCUAUGCCCUCGAUUCAGUUGCCGCCGCAAACUAA